UUUUGAUUUUGUUUUGACGUUGAGGCACAGAACACUGACACAUGACAUCUUGACACAAUACAAAUGGCAGAAAAAUGACAUUGACAACUGACAAAGUCAACUCAACUGUCUCCUGUCAGUUCUGAUCGAAUAUCGAAUCGAAAUAUCGAAAAUCGAAUCCUCCAUCCUCCAAAACAAAAACAGGGUUUCAAAAAUAAAUAAAUUAUAUCGUUUAAAAUAAAGAUGUUAACCUUUGAACUCAUUAGCUGGAUCAUAUUAUGAGAAUAUAAAGAUAGUGAUAUUAGUGAUUAGUAGUGAUGUGAACAAAAUGAAAUAGGUACCUCCUUUGAAACCAGGAAACUACUGACUGGACUACAGAUAAGGAAUUUUCAACUUGAAGAAUAAUGUCGAACGUCGAACGUAAUCCAGGUUGUGAACUAGAUUUAGGAUGGUUGAACAGUGUACAUAUCAAUCUGCAAGCUGUUAAUGGGCAAUCAAGAAAGCUGUCAAUCCUUAGAGACUUGAAAGGAGAAUGCAGAGCAGCAUGGAUUCUCAAAGCUAUUACUUGCAUAGAUUUGACCACACUUGCUGGAGACGACACUCUUAGCAAUGUGUCUAGGUUAUGUUACAAAGCAGCUAAACCAUUAGCUGAGGACUUGCUCAAUGAGUUGGGUUUUGAGUAUGGUGAAAAUAGCCCCAUACAUACUGCAGCUAUUUGUGUAUAUCCUUCCAAAGUACAAGAUGCAGUUCAAACCCUUGCAAAAAUUGGGUUGAAUGAAAAAAUCAAAGUAGCCUCAGUUGCAACUGGAUUUCCUAGUGGCCAAACCCCUUUGAGGACAAGACUGGGAGAAAUAAGAUUUGCUGUGGAACAAGGUGCCAAGGAAAUUGAUAUUGUGAUAGAUAGAAGUUUGGUCCUGACUGGUAAAUGGGAGCAGCUUUAUCAAGAGAUACAAGUGAUGAAAGAGGCUUGUGGGCCACAUGUACAUCUUAAAGCAAUCUUGGCUACAGGGGAAUUAGGAACAUUAGAUAAUGUGUAUAAGGCAUCUCUUGUAGCUAUGAUGGCUGGGUCAGAUUUCAUAAAAACAUCCACAGGUAAAGAAGCAGUGAAUGCCACAUUACCAUUUGGCAUUGUCAUGGCUAGAGCUAUUAGGGAAUAUUAUGAAAAAAUGGGUUACAAGGUUGGUUUGAAACCUGCUGGUGGAGUUAGAACUACAAAAGAUGCCUUGAAUUGGCUGGUUCUUAUCAAAGAAAUAUUAGGCAAUGAUUGGCUGAAUCCAGAACUGUUCAGAUUUGGUGCAUCUGGACUUUUAGGUGAUUUGGAGAGCAGCUUGUACCAGUAUGUUACAGGAAAGUAUCCUGCAGGAUAUGAGUUCACUAUGGGAUAAUCUAAAACAAAGGAGCGAUUUUUUUAGGUGACAAAUUUGUCAUUGAAAAUAAUGUUUUGAAGCAGGAUCAAUAUUAAUAGCUUGUAUCCAUGAGUAUUGUUCAUGUAAUAUAUCAAACUAUUUACUGCCCAA